AUGGCCCAUGCAGACUCCAUUUUCCCUGCCUUCUCCAAGACAGUGUUGAGGUUCUACUGGAGUAACCCAGAAUCUCUGGACUCAUCUAUACAGAGUGCUCUAUCAGCCCUCUACCCACCUUUCGACGUCACAGCGCCCAUCGUCAUCAGCCAGCUCUUCCGCACCAUUGAGGAACGUUACCAUGGCGAUGCCUUGCAAUGCCUACUCGAUUUCCUCAUCCCUUCCAAACACCUGUUGGAAAGUGUACAACAGGCUGCAUGUGCUGGAUACUCGGAUGUGGUUUUCCGCUGUGAGGGUUGGCCUCUCUGCCUCCAUGACAAAACAGUCAUCCAGUUAGCACCUGUGAACCCUUUGCUGCUGCGUCCUGGAGAUUUCUAUCUCCAAGUAGAGCCUUUUGGUGACCAGGCAGCUCGUGUUGUCGUCAAAAGCCUCCUGGAAGCCGGAUGUCGGGAAGUGGAGGAAAUCCCGAUCCCUGAGACUUCGUACCCAUGCAUUUUCACAGAGGACUGGCUGAAAGACAUCAAUGACGGGCGUCAAGGGACUCCUCUAUCACGCUGCUUACUCAGUACUGAUCAAGGAGUAAUAAAAUUGCCAUGGGCAGAGGUGGCCAUCCCAGAGUUUUUGGAUAAGCCUAAGGUUAUAACCACUCAUCGACAAGUUCCUCCUGUGCCAAAGCCUACAUCAUCUCCAUGCACUUACGGCGCAUCCACUCUGCCAUUGGAGGCACGGGUUCUUCCGUUAAAAGAUAAAGUGUCUGCAUCUCUAAGACCUGUGGAUUGUUCUUCCAAACUUGUUAAAUUAGAACAUUAUAAAAGACUCCCCAGAUCCUAUUCUAAAUCUCUUGUCAAACCUGUCGGUUGGGUGUCCCCGAACACAUGGGAUAGCCGCAACUAUCCAGAAAUUGAAGGUGAUUAUGUCGAUUUGGUGGAUGUUCCAAAAGGGAAUGUGUUGAAACAUGGAGGCCAAUUAAAUCCAGCAAAUUCUGCCUACAUUGAACCUGCCAGACCACCUCAAUGUACAACCAUGGAGCCUUGUAUGCCAUGCAGCCAGGGAAAGCUGGAGGAGGACCUUUUAGAACAAGAUAACAAAUUCAGGUACAGGGAAUCCUACCUGGCGGCACUGAGAAACCCUGUCCCUUUUGAAAAAGGUAGCAUUGACCUCCUUACAGCACUGGAGGAGGUCGGACUUUGUGAAGAUUUGGACCAAAACAAUGAACUCGGACGGUUUUGUAACCACUGUAAUACACCAAUGUUCGGCCAUGAUUUCUGCCAAAACAGAGAUUGCUGUGAACCCAGAACGCAAACCUUUGGCUCCUGUCACAAAAACGUCCCUACGAGCACCAAAUCAGAGGACAUUUUGAAGGAAUCACCCGUAAUUAUGAAAUCAUCCCCUGUCUUAAGUUACAGUCACAAAGUUCCAAACAAACUUCUUUCUCAGCCUGAGCAGACGCAGAGAUCUGGAUUACCCUCAGAUGCGUGUGAAAAAAUGUAUGUCAUGAAAUCAUCCGGCAAACAAAAAUCCAUGUCUCGGUCUCUGUCAACUGUAUCGGACACUCCUAAAGGAAGUCCGCUUUUCUACAAACAAAAUAACAGAAGCCACAGUGAUAUUUGCCCUGAGACAGUUAGCAGCAUGAUGCAGUGCAAGAAAACUCAACUGCUAGGACAAGGGACUCCAAAGCUGGAAAAAAUGAAAUUCCUCAAAAAAGACCUCCAGCCAAGCGGAGGUGAUAGUCCCUCCACGUCAGAUGGACUGCAUCUCAGACUCCAGAUCUCAAAAACAGAAGAAAAAUCCUCCUCUCAACUCCAAUCUGCCAGCUGUAUGCCACCUCCUCAAUCUCUUCAACGUCUGAUGGACAAAAACAUAGCCGAUUUGCUAAAACUGGCUAUCAUUUGUUUACCAGGCAGCCGAGACAAGACUGGUCGGGCAGUAGUGGAGGUUCAUUGUGACAAGGAGUGGAAUUCACCUUGUCUAUCAGCACAGAAUCUCUGCGAGUUAUUGCUUUAUCUCCACUCCAUACCCAAGAAAGAUGUUCGAGAACUGGGAAUGACUUUGGUUGUCGAUGCCAGGAAGAAGGCUCCUCCACCUCACCUCUACAAAGCACUGCUCAUGGCGCAGGAACAAGCACUUCAUGCUGUCCAUAGUAUAGUGGUGUUGGUGGAUAAAGACACAUGUCCACGGCCUGAAAAGCAGACUGGUCUGCAGAUGGACUUGGUGAUGUCUAUGAAGGUGCUGCAUAAGACAGUGGAUGCUUCCCAGUUGACCUCUGAGCUGGGAGGAACCUUCACCUAUAGUCAUACAGAUUGGCUGCAGUUCCAUCAGAGAUUGGUUUCUUUCAUUACUGACCUGAAAGGGGCUGACAGUUUGUUGCAGAGAGCUAUUACUAAAGUGAAUGAGAGCAACAUAAUGGACACAGCCCAGGAAGUGCAUCAGUGCAUCCAGGAACAGAAGGGUUUGAUGAAGGAGGUGCUAGAGGAUGCUCGAUUGGUUAUGCUGCAGAGAGAGGGUGGAGCAGUACUGGCUAGAAUGAGGAGAGAAGAGUUCCGCUUUCCACAUUCUGAAGACUACAGAGAUUCUUUGGAAUCAGUGACGGAAAUGUACAACAAGGUGGAAGAGAAGUUGCACAUGUUGGUGAUGAGAUCAAAUGAAUCACUUCAACAACUGGAACUCCUUUUUGUGAUUAGGGACUUGGAUGCAAAAAUUAAAGAGUCUGCUAUGUGGUUCAGUGAAGAAGGUGAACAUAAACUGAAGGACUUUGACAAAAAUGAUAUUGUGUGCAUUGAAGAUUUCUUGCAGCAGUUUGACACAUUCCUCCUUCAAGCAAAGGAAAAAGAACAAUACGCCUUGUCUCUAGUGACCGAAGCGGAAAAAAAUGUGGGUACCUCGACGUCCAAUCCAGUCACAGAUGUUUUUCAGAUGCUCCUCAACACCUUCAAGUGCAAUGUAGAUAACUUCAUGUCACGUGUGGAGCAAAUGCAUAAAGAUGUGGAUACACUUGUAAAAGUGUACUGCUUCUGUGAGCAGGCAUCUGCUGUGGCCAAAGAAUGUAGUCAUUUUUUGGAGAAGCUAGAGCAAGGGUGUUACUUGGCUGAGUCCAAUCUCAGCACACUGCAGAUGUAUGAAGAGAGAUUAUGUGAUGAAUUCUCGACCCGACAUUUCCAGGCCUUCAAAUCUAAGGCCUGUUCUUUAAGAUCAGGAUCCUCGGGGGCGAUGAGCGUGUGGAAAUUGCGUAAGAUCAUCGAGGAACUUCUGUCCACAGAGAGAGAAUACGUAAAGGCUCUGGGCUAUGUUCGAGAACAUUAUUUCCCCGAGUUGGAUAGGAGCGACGUUCCGCAGGAUCUCAGAGGCCAGAAGGGAAUCAUCUUUGGUAACCUCGAAAAACUGCAUGACUUCCACCGACAUUACUUCCUGAAUGAGCUGGAGAACUGUGUGAAUGAACCCUUCAGGGUGGGACGCUGCUUCCUACGACAUAGAGAGAACUUUACUUUGUAUGCCCUAUACAGCAAGAACAAACCACAGUCUGAUAGUCUUCUCAUCAAUCACGGAAAGAAUUUCUUCAAGCAAAAGCAGCAGAAUCUGAGGGACAAAAUGGACCUGUGGUCUUACUUAUUGAAACCAGUGCAGCGGAUCAGUAAGUACAGCCUGCUGCUCCAAGACAUUAUGAGGGAGUGUGCGCCAGCUCAAACCGGAGAGCUGGCUGAACUCGAAGCUGCCUUGAAGGUCGUUCAUUUCCAGCUCAGACAUGGCAACAACCUGCUUGCCAUGGACGCCAUCCGCCAAUGUGAUGUUAAUCUCAAGGAGCAAGGGCAGCUCAUUCGCCAGGAUGAGUUCUCUGUAACAUUCCGGAAGAAAAAAUGUUGCCGUCAUAUUUUCCUCUUUCAAGAGCUCAUCCUCUUUAGUAAGACACAGAAGACAGAUGUGGGGAAUGAUACCUACAUCUACAAACAAUCAUUCAAGACUUCAGACGUUGGCAUGACCCAAAACACUGGUGACAGUGGCCUUUGCUUUGAGAUUUGGUUCAGAAAGCGGAAAUUCCAAGACACAUACACACUGCAAGCAGUCAGUCGAGAAGUAAAGGAGGCUUGGACCAAGGACCUGGAACGGAUCCUCUGGGAUCAGGCACUACACAAUCGAGAAGUCCGUAUGCAGGAGAGAGUUUUUAUGGGAAUUGGAAACAAGCCGUUUAUGGAUAUCCAACCCAGCGAUGCUGCUAUCAAUAACAGAGCUGUCGACUGUGGACUGAUGGCAAGAGAAAAUAAGGUGCUACCCUUUGUCGGACCAUAUGGGCCACACAAUGGCCUACCUGGGGCACGAUCAAAAUCGGCUGGUUCACGGAGUACAUCGUCUUCCUCAUCUUCCUCGGGACUGGGUUCCCUUUCCCCAACAGCAUAUUACUGUGGGCCGAAGAGGAAGGUGCUAAUAAGUGGCUUUGAAGGAUACCUGUCAACAGUGGGGGUUCUUGAGGACGACAUGGAUCCUGAGAGUGGGAGUCACAACCUAUUGUUGGACAGCUCAGAGUCUUCGGGAGAAAGUGUCAGUGGCCUCAGUAGCUCUGCUCGCAGUUACCGUUCGGUUUUGGAAAGAGAGGCUGAGGACGCGUCUUCCGUCUCCCCUUCCACCAUCACUAUCAAGGAGGCGGAAGGGCCCAGUCGCACUGGAGCUUGUGGCUCAUCUGAAGAAAGCCAAGAAUCAGUUGCACAUCAAGCCAAGGUGACGUACCAAAGAUCUUGA